AACCCUCAAAACAGCCAAAAUCCUCCCAAAUUUCACAAAAAUAACUCACCCAAACACAAACCCACAUCAUUUUCGGCCCAUUCCUCUAAGAAUCGUGCAUUAUCUCCCAAAAAUGGUGAGGACUAAAAGAGUUGUAAAGAAACCAAGGGGGCAGGCGACAAGCACUUCUGGAAGGCGUCGAAGGGCUGAGCAAAGUCCUGAGGAGAGCGGUGAAAGCACAGACACCGAGCAGGUAUUUCAACCCGAUAACCCUCGGAACUUUGUAUCUGCAAAUGCUAUGGAUAUAUAUAGAAAUUUAGGAAAUAGGAAUGUCAUUUAUGGGUUUAGAGUAGUUUUGGAAGAUAUAUGCAAAGGGGGGCUGCAUGUAAGAGAGAUGUUAGAUGCAAUGGGAUGGACUGAAUUAGUAACUAGAAAGGUGAGGGUUUACCCGCAAUUGAUUAAGAUUUUUUAUGCAAAUUUGAGUGACUCAGAGGAUGGAGGGUAUAAAACAAUGGUUCUUAGGAAGACUUUUGAAUUUGAUGCUGAAACCAUAAAUGAUGUUUUACAUUUGCCGAAUGAGGGAGCCAGGGAAUUGCAUGCAUUUACAGAGGAAUCAGCAAAGAAAUCUAUCAUGGGGGAUGAGUGGAAUGAGGGACAAACAUUAAGCAUUCACCACUUGAAUUUGGAGAAUCGGUUAAUGUUUUGGAUUUACAAUCACAUAAUUUUACCAAGGCAAGGUUCUUUUGGGAAAUUUAGUGGUCCGGAUUGUGUGUGGUUUGCAUAUAUUCUUAGCCAAAGGCGGAUCAAUUUAGGACACCAUAUUAUGAGACACAUGGUGUAUUAUAGGGGUAGAUCGACACUCGCAUUGGCGUAUGGCACUCUAAUCACGUUACUUAUGGAAAAUGUGGGUGUUGAUUUGAGUGGUAUGGAGUCCCAAGACUUAUACCAUCACGAGCUUCUGAACGAGAGUUCACUGAACAAAAUGGGAUUAAGCACACAGAGAGGAAUGCAGCUCAUUCUCGAGAGACUUACACGGAUUGAAUCGAAGCUCGAUGAUCACAUUCGCGAGUGUCAGAUGGCAGCACCUAUAGGUCUUCGAGGGAGAAGAGGAGAUCCGUCUACUGCUGGCACAUCCUCCGAACAGCAACCACCUGAUCCCUUUUCACAUCCGGACGCAUAAAUCCGGAUGUUGCAGUUGUUGAUGCCUGUUAAAUUCUCGUUUUAGUGUAUAAACACUGUUUGGAAGGUUUUAUUAAUGUUCUGACUUUUUAUAUAUUUGAAUAUGUACAUAUAAUGUUGACAGUAGAUGCAGUUUUAAUAGAAAUGAGCAUAUCAUAAUUGUGAUGAUUUUGUUUGGUUGAUUAUGUUCUUGAUGUGCUUCCAUUGAUGGCGAGCAAUGUGGUAGUUCAUAGUGUGCUUGAAUGGCAAUGUGUGGUUCUUGUUUUAAAGUUUGAUGUGCAUGUCGGUUUUAAUGGAUCAUUUGUAUUUUAUACAAUUUGUGAUUGUAUAUAGAAGGAUUUUGAAGUUUUUUUAAUAGUAAUGUAUGUCUCAUACUCCAGUCAAUACAGAUUAUACCGUUGA